AUAAAGUUCGGUCAACUUCGGUUAGUCUGUUGCCACGCGCUUCCAUGUGUAGAAGUAGAAAUUAUGCACAUAAGAAUGUAAAAUUUCUAAUAAUUAGCAUAGUUAAUUUCACUUUCUGCUGCAGUGUCAGUGACUGUGAAAUCAAAUAAAAUACAAUAAUAAAAACUAACGAAAGUUCCAAAAUAUAAUGAUUUCAUUUUUAUUCAAGAAAGAAGUUACAAUAUUGUGUAUUAUAGGUUACGGUUUCUCUCAAGUGUAGUGAAAGUAUUUUGUGUCUUUGACCUAAUUAUUCAUUUUUUAUGUGUUGUAUUUGAUCAUGGUAUAUCUCUAAUACAUUCCACAAGAAAAUAAUUCUAUUUUUUUUCAAAGCACUAUCUUAAGAACAUUCGUGCGUAAGUUGAAUUUAUUACCAUAAUGAAUAAAGAGACAUAUGACGUAAUCCGUGUUGGAUCUCGAAAGAGCGAGUUGGCACUAAUUCAAACUAGAUAUGUAAUAGACAGUUUGAAGAAUAUUUAUCCGAAAAAGAAGUUCGAAAUAGUGACCAUGAAUACAAAAGGUGAUAAAAUAUUAGAUAAAUCUUUACCUAAAAUUGGAGAAAAAUCGUUAUUCACAGAAGAAUUAGAACUUGCUUUAGAAACUGGCCGUGUUGAUUUUUUAGUACAUUCAUUAAAAGACUUACCUACAAUAUUGCCACAAGGAAUGGUACUUGGAGCAAUAUUGAAACGUGAAGAUCCACGUGAUGCAGUUGUAAUGUCAAAAAAAUAUAAAGACAAAACAUUAUCUACAUUACCAAAAGGAAGUGUUAUAGGAACUAGUUCAUUAAGAAGAUCAGCCCAAUUAUCUAGAAAUAUGCAGCACUUAACUGUUCAAAAUAUACGUGGUAAUUUAAAUACUAGAUUAAAAAAAUUAGAUGACGAAGACAGCCCAUUUGCUGCAAUUAUUUUAGCCACUGCUGGGUUGAAAAGAAUGGGAUGGGAAGACAGAAUAAGUCAGAUAUUAGAACCAGAAGAAGCUUUGUAUGCUGUUGGUCAGGGAGCAUUAGGAAUAGAAUGCAGAGAAUCUGAUUGGAAAAUAUUAUCUCUUUUAGAACCUUUGCAUGAUGUCGAUACAACAUUGAGAUGUGUAUGCGAGCGAUCUUUUUUAAAAACACUCGGUGGUGGGUGUUCUGCACCAGUUGCAGUUUCUUCCUCUUUAACUGGAAAAGAUUUAACUAUUACUGGAGCAGUAUGGUCCCUUGAUGGUCAAACUUUAAUAAAAGAUACAAUAAAAAGUGAACUUUAUAUACCAGAUGAUGAUGGAGAACCUCCAAAAAAAUGCCCAUAUAGAGAACCCCGCCUAUAUUGCAGUGUUGCGCCAGGUAAUAUAAGUAGCCUAAGUCUUUUAGGUGCAGAACAAUUAGGCAAAGAUAUUGCAGCAAAAUUGAUAAACAAAAAUGCUCUUGAAGUAAUGCUAAGAGCUAGAAACGAAAUUUUAAAUUCUGAUUGAAAAACUACGUUAAUUGUACGAACGAAUUGUUUAUUGUUCCUUAAAAUGGUGCUUUAAAGAGAUAUAGAAUUAAGAAUGUAACGUAAUUGUCAAUUUUAGAUCUUUUUUUAAAUAAUUAUCAGUUAAUUCAAUUUUUAUUUCUUCGUUUCUCCAAUCAAGAAAACAAUUUUUCAUAUUGUAAUAUAUAUAUAUAUAUAAAAUAUUUACGAAAUAUAAAUAAAUCCAAUAAAAUAAUUAACGUUAAUGAUAGAAACAGAGCAGAAUUCAUAUUGUAAAUAAAAACUGAUUCUUUAAUGUAAUUUGCGGAUUCAUUAUUAGUACUAUAACAUGUAUAAAUUACUGAAAUUUACAUAAAACUUUUUAUGUUUUAUUCUAAGUAAAUUCUCCAACUAAAAUUUUGAUUAACAUAUAAUUUUGUACUUUUUAAUAUGAAAGUUCCAUAUAGUAUAUACACUGCCUCUUAUCAAAUUGUUUGAACAUAUGUGAUGUAAUUUCAUGAAUUUACGUAUCAACUGUUCAUCAAAUACUUUUUUAGAUAAAAUACUACAAAAAUAUUAUAUUAUAACUCUCUUUCAUUAUGAAAAAUAUAAAAAUACCAGAUAUAUAGUAUUAUUAU